CGGUUCACAUGAAUCCUGCAGGGAUCCGGACGGAGUCGCGGUGUCUCAGUCUCUCGUGUGUUCGCGGGGGUCGGUGUGUGUGUGUGAGUGUGUGUGUGUUCUCUGUAGUGAAGCAGAUCUCCCGUGGAUCUGACCCGGCUCUGGAGCUCGGGAUGACCCAUCGGCUGGAGGAGCGCAGACCUGCUGAUUCUUGACAUCAUGACGGAGUUCAGUAACCUGACGUCGCUCGUGAAUAACGUGAGCGAGUUCUCCAAUCACACGGCGAGCUGCCCGUUGACCAAGACUGGCUUUCAGUUUUACUAUCUCCCCAUCGUCUACAUCCUGGUCUUCCUCACAGGCUUCAUCGGAAACAGUUUGGCCAUAUGGAUGUUCGUGUGCCACAUGAGGCCGUGGAGCAGCAUCUCCGUCUACAUGUUCAACCUGGCGCUGGCCGACUUCUGCUACGUGCUCUCGCUGCCGUUCCUCAUCUUCUACUACUUCAACAAAACCGACUGGAUAUUUGGAGACGUCCUAUGCAGACUCCAGAGGUUCAUCUUCCAUGUGAAUCUCUACGGAAGCAUCCUGUUCCUCACGUGCAUCAGCAUGCACAGAUACUCCGGCGUCGUGCAUCCGCUCAAGUCGCUCGGGAGGCUGAAAAAGAAGAACGCCGUUCGCACCGUGGCGCUCGUCUGGUUCAUAGUGGUGGUGGGCAUCUCUCCCAUCCUCUACUACUCACGAACCGGCCCUAAGAAGGGGUUAACCACGUGCUACGACACCACGACCGAAGACGAGCUGCCGGGAUACUUCAUCUACAGCAUGUGCAUGACGGUGUUCGGCUUCUGCAUCCCGUUCAUCAUCAUCUUCAGCUGCUACGGCGGCAUCGUCAAAGCCCUGAUCUGCAACGACAUGGACAACGCUCCGCUGAGGAGGAAGUCCAUAUACCUGGUCAUCAUCGUGCUCACGGUGUUCGCCGUGUCCUACCUGCCCUUCCACGUGAUGAAGAACCUGAACAUGCGAGCGAGACUGUACUUCCAGAGCCCGGACAUGUGUGUCUUUAACGACCGUGUGUAUGCCACGUACCAGGUGACCCGAGGCCUGGCCAGCCUCAACAGCUGCGUCGACCCGGUCCUGUACCUUCUGGCCGGAGACACGUUCAGACGCAGGCUGUCCAGAGCCACCAAGAAGUCCACCAGGAAGGGAGAUCACCCGGUGCAGUCCAAGAGCGAGGAGACGGUGCUCAACAGCCAGCCGGAGUGUGUCCAGAACGGGGACGACCGGGACUGACCUUCUCUUAGACUGAUGCUUUAAAGAUGAGUGUUACUCCUCCUGUGUUGCUCUGAAUGUUUUCAUCGACUGAUCCUCAGUAGUUAAGAUGCACUAUACUGUAGAUAUUGAGUGGUUAUUAUUUCUCUACCUGUACGUUUAAAGCAUCCGAGAUGUGUUUGUGAACCGAUGUGUGUUCUGCGUUUACUGUAAAUACGUGUGAUUAAUAUCCGCCCGUGAAUGAUGAAGACACUCUCAUAGCCAUGUUUUAAACAGUGGAUGAAUACUGUAAUGUUUGACUCUUUAACGAUCUGUAGUAUUUAAAGCUAAAACAAAUACAGAGACCUAAAUGAAAAGUACAUUAACCGCUCUUUAUUAUCAGGUCUACCAAAAAAUAGUGAGUUAGUGAAUAGUAUUGUAUGUAUAUUAUAUAUGUAUUGUAUCUUCUCAUUGUUAUAGCUGGAUCAUUUAGUUAAAAGCAUUUAAAAUGCAACAUGACUCAA